AUGGACAGAGCUGAAGAAAGAAGUCUUGGCGCUUCAUGCCCCCAGCAGGAGGAGUGCUUGCUUGGGAAUAGGUACAAGGAAUUGCAGGAAUAUCACAAGAACCAUGGGGGCCUCAAAUGGAUCUACAAGGCAGACAAGUCCCUUCUCGGCUUGCUGCUGAAAAGUGAAGGAGCGAACAGGGAGAACUUCUUUGGUCGGCCGUCCAAGCCACCGCAAAGUGUCGAGAUCCACCUCCUUACUCCAUCCAAGGAACCAGCAGACGAAGGAGGAGUUGUUGGUGGUGGUGACAAACGGAAACACACAGUUUUCCCAGCGUUGGGUGGGGAGCAAGAAUGCAAUAAGCGACAGAAACUUGGCCCAGGAGGCUACAGUCCAGAAAACUUGGAUCCAUUGCAACCGUCGUGGUGGAGUGAAGUACGCAAGGCCAAUGCCGCUGUCUCUGAUGAGGGCCAAAAUGAAAACGAAACUUCCAAUGAGCAUUUUUCUCGCGAGGAGUCUUCGCUUCUUGGCACCUUUGGAUUCUAG